GAUGCGCGGGCUCCAUCUUUUGCCUCUAGCAAACAGAUCAACCAUCAAAGACCCUCCACUUCCAACACAAAUCAUCAGUGCUCACCUAAGUUGACUCAUCUCAAGUGUCAGCGACUGCGAUAUAGAAUUGCACUUGCACUCAGCAUACUCACCUGAAUUACAGUAGACCGCACGCAAGCUGGUCUGAUCGAUCCUGCACGUCGACGUCACGACUUGCACCUAACAACACGAGCAGCACCACUCCACCCCGCCCGGCUUGCACACGACCUUGACUGCCAUCCAUCACGCACCUAGACUAUCCGGUCCCAGAGACUCCCCCAUACCAGUGAUAGCUUCAUCAUGUCCAACCCAAACGCGCCCUCUCCGCUGUCAAGCUCAAAUAUCCCCAGCAGCUUCGACGCCGAGUUCUUCGAAGAGUCCCGCACACAGAAACUAUGGCGCAAAAUACGACAAGAACCCCUAAUCCCCAUUGGAUGCGCCGCAACGUGUUACGCUCUAUACAUGGCCACAAAGUCCAUCCGCCAAGGCGAUCAUCACCAGACGAACAGAAUGUUCCGCGCGCGUAUUUACGCUCAGGGUUUUACCUUGCUCGCGCUGGUAGCGGGCAGUUUCUUCUACAAGGACGAGAGACUGAAGCGUAAGGUCUUUGAAACGGCGCUGGAAGACAAGAAGAAUGCGGAGAAGAGGGAGAAAUGGCUUAGGGAACUGGAGGCUCGAGACGAGGAAGAUAAAGCGUGGCGAGCGGGUAUCGAGAGGGCGAGCACGGAGGCCAGACAGACCGUCAGCGAGGCGAAGCAGAAAGCAGAAAAACUGAUCGAUGCCGGAAGGGACCAUCUGGAGGCGUUCGAGGAGAAGGUUACACAAGCCGAGGGAGCCGAUGCUGAGCAGCGGAAGAAGGCGGAUUGGAAAUUCUGGAGUAAGAGCGUCAAAGAGGAAGUGACGAGUGUGGGAUGGGGACCAGGAAUGUGGGCAAGGAGGACGAGAGACGCUUGGAGGAGGUUCUAAUCAAUUGUCGACAUUGCGAUGAUUCUGCUGCGUGCCCAGGGCAUAUAGUCUCAUGUCGGACUGUACAAAAGCGAUGAACAAUGCUGCGUUCUUGCUUGUUAAGGCCCCAUCUAUUCUUUUCUCCCCACUUCAUCUUCUCGGUGAUCACCGCGUGGCCUUGCUGAGCGAACGUUGCAUCUUCCUCAAACGCUCUGCUUGUGUGCCAAUAACCCAACGAUUGGCGUCUUCUGCGUACUCGUGCACAUCUCCUGUUCUGCUCGGAGUUUCGUUCUGAAGAGGCAAG